GGACAGGGACAGAUACUCCAGCGUUUCCCGGAGAAGGACUGGGAGGACAACCCUUUUCCCCAAGGCAUCGAGCUGUUCUGCCAGCCCAGCGGCUGGCAGCUCUUCACGGAGAGGAACCCCCCCACCUUCUUCGUGGCUGUGCUGACCGACAUCAACUCAGAGCGACAUUACUGCGCCUGCUUCACCUUCUGGGAGGCUGUCGAGAGCCCUCAGAGCCACCCCAGGAAUGGGGAGGGGGAGGAGGAGGAAGAGGAGCCAUCGUCUCCCGUUCAACCCGCGCAGCUCUUUGCUCCCAAAAGCUUGGUGCUGGUGUCGCGACUGGACCACGCGGAGGUGUUCAGGAACAGCCUGGGUUUGAUCUAUACCAUCUACGUGGACGGACUGGGUGUGUCCCUGGAGAACGUCAUUGGGAACCUCCUGACGUGCACCAUCCCCAUCACCGGGGGAGCUCAGAGGACGAUCUCCCUGGGAGCGGGGGACAGGCAGGUGAUCCAGACACCCAUCAAUGACUCGCUUCCCGUCAGCAGCUGCAGCGUGGCCCUGCUCUUCCGCCAGCUUGGCAUCACCAAUGUGCUGUAUCUCUUCUGUGCAGCGCUUACUGAACACAAGAUCCUGUUUCUCUCCAGCAGUUACCAGAGGCUGACUGACGCCUGCCGGGCUCUCCUUGCACUUAUGUUCCCCCUCAAGUACAGUUUCACGUAUGUGCCCAUCUUGCCUGCACAGCUCCUUGAGGUACUGAGCACGCCAACACCCUUCAUUAUUGGAGUCCAUUCCAUCUUCCAGUCGGAGACGCAGGAGCUGCUGGAUGUCGUUAUCGCAGACCUGGACGGCGGGACAGUGAACGUCCCCGAGUGUGUCCAUAUCUCCCUGCUCCCUGAACCUCUGCUCCAGCAGACCCGGGAAGCCCUCUCCAUGGUCUUGGACCCAGAGCUGGAGGUGGCAGAUCUCGCAUUCCCCCCUUCAACGAUUUCUGCCUCUUCUCUCAAAAUGCAGGAUAAGGAGAUCCGUGCCGUCUUCCUCCGCUUGUUUGCACAGCUGCUUCAGGGCUAUCGCUGGUGUCUGCACAUCAUCCGCAUCCAUCCCGAGCCGGUCAUCCGAUUCCAUAAGGCAGCCUUCCUUGGGCAGAGGGGACUGAUGGAGGAUGACUUCCUCACCAAGGUACUGGAGGGUAUGGCGUUCGCUGGCUUCGUGACCGAGCGGGGGGCCCCGUACCGCUCGAUCGACCUGUUUGAUGAGCUUGUGGCUUAUGAAGUGAAGCGCAUGCGCGCAGAAGAGGGGAACAAGCAGAAAAUACUGCGGCACAUCAAGGAGCUGGCGGAGAAACUUUACAAAAACGAGAACCCGUACCCCGCGGUGACCAUGCACAAGGUGCAGAAGCCCACGGAAGGCUGUCACCUGCGCCUCCACCAGAAGCCUUUUCCCCGUUUGGAUGAGGGGACGGUGCAGUGGAUCAUCGACCAGGCCACUGCGAAGCUGCAGACGGCUCCUCCUGCUGUGAAGGCAGAGAAGAAAUGCAUGGUGCCAUCAGGACCCCCCAUUGCUGCCAUCAUGGAGCGCAACGGCAAUGCCCUGGCCAACAGCGCCCGUCGCCUGGAGGUGGUCAGGAACUGCAUCACCUACGUCUUUGAGAACAAGAUGUUAGAAGCCAAAAAGUUAUUCCCUGCUGUGCUGCGCGCCAUGAAGGGCCGAGCAGCCAGGCACUGCCUGACCCAGGAGCUGAACCUGCACGUGCAGCAGAACCGGGCAGUGCUGGAUCACCAGCAGUUUGAUUUCAUAAUCCGCAUGAUGAACUGCUGUUUGCAGGACUGCACUGCCAUGGACGAGCACGGGAUUGCAGCCGCUCUCUUGCCACUGGUCACCGCUUUCUGCCGAAAACUGAGCCCGGGCAUCACGCAGUUUGCCUACAGCUGCGUGCAGGAGCACGUGGUGUGGACCAACAUCCAGUUCUGGGAGGCCAUGUUCUACUGCGAUGUGCAGAACCACAUCCGAGCCUUGUACCUGGACAACAACGAGGAGAACCACACGGAUGAGGAGAGCACGGAGGGGCCGCAGGAAGCCAAGUCUGCCCUGGAGAUAGCAUCGGAGCAGCUGAGGCUCUGGCCCACCAUGAGCCGAGAGAAACAGCAGGAGCUGAUCCAGAAGGAGGAGAGCACUGUUUUCAGCCAGGCCAUCCACUACGCCAACCGCAUGAGCUACCUGCUGCUGCCUCUCGACACCAGCAAGAACCGCCUGCUACGCAGCUCUGGGCUGGGGGACGUGGAGAGUGUCAGCAACAGCUUCGUCACCAACAGCAUCGCUGGCAGCGUGGCUGAGAGCUAUGACACAGAAAGUGGAUUUGAGGAUGCAGAGAGUUCUGACGUGGCCAACUACGUGGUGCGAUUCAUCAACCGCUUUGUGGACAAAGUCUGCACGGAGAGCGGGGUGACCAACGAGCACCUCAAGGGGCUGCAUGUCAUGAUCCCUGAUAUUGUGCAGAUGCACAUAGAGACACUGGAUGCUGUGCACAGGGAGAGCAAGAGGCUUCCUCCCAUCCAGAAGCCAAAGCUGCUGCGCCCCAACCUGUUGGUGGGUGAGGAGUGCGUGAUGGAGGGGCUCCGUGUGUACCUCAUGCCUGAUGGACGGGAGGAAGCUGCUGGAGGGAAUAUUGGUGGUCCACCUCUCCUCCCCGCGGAAGGAGCCAUCUUCCUCACCACUUACCGCAUCAUCUUCAAAGGCACUCCCACGGACCCUCUGGUGGGGGAGCAGGUGGUGAUCCGAUCCUUCCCCAUCGCCUCACUGACCAAAGAGAAGAAGAUCAAUAUCCAGGCCCAGGCGGAUCAGUUCAUCCAGGAGGGCUUGCAGCUGCGCUCGUGCACAUUCCAGUUGCUGAAGAUUGCCUUCGAUGAGGAGGUGGCUUCAGACAGUGCUGAGGUCUUCAGGAAGCACCUGCACAAGCUGCGCUACCCUCAGCACGUGCGCGGCACCUUCGCCUUCACCGUGGGCCAGUCACCCAAGCAAGCCAUGCAGCCCAAGGCCAAGGAGAAGAACCCCUCGCUCAGGACACUCUCCAAAAACCUGGUGAAAAAUGCCAAGAAAACAAUCGGCCGCCAGUACGUGACGCGAAAGAAAUACACGCCGCCUGCGUGGGAGCAGCGGAGCAGCCAGCACUUCGCAGAGGACAACGAGGAUGAGAUCUCAGUGUCUGAAGAGAUGGACAGAAGCACUUUGACCCCCACCACCACCAUCAAACCUUCGGACAAGAUGACCAUCAACCACCUGGUGGAGCGAGCCUGCUGCCGCGACUACCAGCGGAUGGGGCUGGGCACCCUCAGCAGCAGCCUCACUCGCUCCAAGAACGAGCCCUUCCGCAUCUCCACCGUGAACCGCAUGUACGCCAUUUGCCGGAGCUACCCCGGCCUGCUCAUCGUGCCACAGAGCAUCCAGGACAACACGAUCCAGCGGAUCUCCCGCUGCUACCGCCAGAACCGCUUCCCCGUGGUGUGCUGGCGAAACUCCCGCACCAAGGCCGUGCUGCUGCGCUCGGGGGGGCUGCACGGCAAGGGCGUUGUGGGCCUCUUCAAGUCCCAGAAUGCCCCCACCGCAGGCCCCUCGCAGACAGACUCCACCAGUUUGGAGCAGGAGAAAUACCUGCAGGCCGUGAUCAACUCCAUGCCGCACUACGCCGAUGCCAGCGGGCGCAACACGCUCAGUGGCUUCACCUCCGCGCACAUGAGCAGCUCAGAUUUCUCCGACAAGAGACAGCCUAAGCUGGGAUCGCUCAUGAAGCAGGUGAUGGGAGGGAAGGACGAUGGGCCCGGUACUAUUAGCCGCGGAGGCAAGUGGGGCAGCAUCCGAGCCAGCGGGCGCAUGAGCAGCUACGCCCUGAACAUGGAGAUCGGGUCGCGCCUGGCGGGGAAAGACCUGCUGGGUGCCCAGCACAACGGCACCCCCUCGGAGGCCAGCUUCCUGCGCCAGCACCGCGCCUCGCUCUACAUCAUCGGGGACAAGUCGCAGCUGAAGGGGGUGAAACCAGACCCGCUGCAGCACUGGGAGGUGGUUCCCAUCGAGGUGUUCGACGUGCGGCAGGGGAAGGCCAGCUUCAAGAAGCUGAUGAAGGCCUGCGUGCCCGGCUGCCCCUCCAGUGACCCCAGCGUCACCUACCUGCGGUCCCUGGAGGAGUCUGAGUGGCUGUCCCAGAUCCAUAAGAUCCUGCAGAUUUCGGUGUUGGUGGUGGAGCUCCUGGACACGGGCUCCUCUGUGCUGGUCAGCCUGGAGGACGGCUGGGACAUCACCACACAGGUGGUCUCCUUGGUGCAGCUGCUGUCGGACCCCUACUACCGGACGCUGGAGGGCUUCCGCCUGCUCGUGGAGAAGGAGUGGCUGUCCUUCGGGCACCGCUUCAGCCACCGCGGGGCCCAGACCCUGGCUGGCCAGAGCAGCGGUUUUGCCCCCAUCUUCCUGCAGUUCCUGGACUGCGUACAUCAGAUCCACCUGCAGUUCCCCAUGGAGUUCGAGUUCAGCCAGUACUACCUGAAGUUCCUCAGCUACCACUACGUUUCCAACCGUUUCCGCACGUUUCUGCUGGACUCUGACUACGAGCGCAUCGAGCUGGGCCUCCUUUACGAGGAGAAGGGCGAGCGGAAGAGCCAGCAGGUCUACAAGUCCAUCUGGGAUUACAUCGACCGGCUGAACAAGAAAGCCCCCAUCUUCUUCAACUACAUGUAUGCCCCCGAGGAUGGGGAGGUGCUGAGGCCGUACAGCAACAUUUCCAACCUGAAGGUAUGGGACUACUAUACGGAGGAGACGCUUUCCGAGGGCCCCUCCUAUGACUGGGAGCUGACGCAGGGGCAGCCGGAGCACGUGGAGGAGGCGGAUCGGCAGGACACCAGUGCCCCCCAGACGAAGCGCAAGAUCAUCUGGCCGUGCUACGACAACCGCAGCCGCGUGGAGCCCGACGCCAUCUCCAAGUUGCUGGAGGAGCUGCACAACCUGGAGAUGGAGCUGGGACAGGUCCCAGAACGCUGGAAGGAGACGUGGGACAAGGUCAAAGCUUCCCAGCGCACCGAGGCGCGGCAGGAGGGCAGCCGGACCCCCAGCUCCCUGCUGAUGUCCUCCGGCCUCUCCCACCACCGGCGCUCGCUGGGCGUCUACCUGCAGGAGAGCGGGGUGGGCUCAACCCUCAACCUCAGCCUCGACAGCGACACCAGCAGCACCUCCACCCCCUCCAGCGGGAAGCAGGGCGGCCGCAAGAGCACCAGCACGCUCUACAGCCAGUUCCAGAUGUCAGAGAGCGAGAACAGGUCCUAUGAGGGGUCGCUGUACAAGAAAGGAGCCUUCAUGAAACCAUGGAAGCCUCGCUGGUUCGUGCUGGAUAAAACCAAACAUCAGCUGCGGUACUACGACAGCCGGAUGGACACGGAGUGCAAAGGGGUCAUCGACCUGGCCGAGGUGGAGUCCAUCACCCCAGGAACCCCCACCAUGGGGGCCCCCAAGACGGUGGACGAGAAAGCCUUCUUCGAUCUGAAGACGACAAAACGAGUUUACAAUUUCUGCGCCCAGGAUGUGCAGCUAGCCCAGCAGUGGAUCGACCGCAUCCAGAGCUGCUUGUCGGACGCGUGA